AUGGACAAGUCCCAGCCCGCCCUCUCCUCCCAUACGGAGAAUGCCUCUCCGGGCCCCUCCAGCGUGACUGCCUCAACGGCGUCAGGUCGCGUGGCCGGUGGGAAAUACCUCGAGGGUGUCAACGAGAGCUCGGCCCAUGAUGGCCCCCUCCAAACCGUUGACUUCGACCUCCCCGUCACCGUCACCCAACGCAUGGUCCAAGACGGUAACCAGUACAUCGUCCUCGACUUCGUCCCGGGAGACAAGGAGAACCCCUUCAACUGGGACCCAAAGUACAAGGCUUUCAUCAGCUGCCUUCUCUGUCUCAUGACCCUCUUCAUCGGUCUCGCCACAACAGCCUACAGCUCCGGUAUCAGCGACAUGGCCUCCGACCUGGGCACCUCUACCGAAAUUGCCGAACUCGGUCUCUUCCUCUUCAACUUCACCUGUGCCUUGGCUCCGCUCUUCCUGGCCCCCUUCUGUGAGUUGGCUGGCCGCCGUGUCGUCUACACCGGCGCCUACUUCUGCUUCGCCAUUAUGUUCAUCGGUCUCGCCCUGGGCAAGAACAUCGGCACCAUCCUCGUCUGCCGUGCCCUGCUCGGUCUGUUCGGUUGUGUCGGUACCAUCCUUGUCGGUGGUACCUUCGGUGACAUGUACCGCCCCGAGGACCGCGCCAUCCCCGUUGCAACCUUCUCUUUCAUCGCCAUCUUCGGUACCGUCGGUGCCCCCAUCUACGCCGGCUUCAUCGAUCAGGCUCUGGGCUGGCGUUGGGUUGAGGGUAUCCAGGGUCUCGCCAACAUUCCCCUCGGCCUCGUCAUCCUCUUCUUCCUCCCGGAAACCCGUGGUAGCGUCGCUCUCGGCAAGCGCGCCAAGGCCCUCCGCACCCACACCGGUGAUGACCGCUACGUGACCGAGAACGACCUGGAAGCCCCCUCCCUCAAGACCAUGCUUCACAACUCCUCCGUCAAGGCCAUCAAGAUGCUGGCCACCGAACCCGUCGUCUUCGCCUUCGGUCUCUGGAUCGCCUUCGCCUGGUUCCUGACCUUCCUCUUCCUUAGCGUCAUCCCCAUCACCUUCCAAGAAAAGAAGGGCUGGAACGAGGGUGUCUCCGGUCUUCCCUACAUCGCACUCUGCCUGGGAACCACCAUGGGCUUCGGUCUCAACUUCUUCCAGAUCCGCAAGUACGAAUCCCUUGUUCAGAUUGGCGAGGCUCGCCCCGAGGCUCGUCUCUACGGUGCCCUUUACGGUGCCGUCUGGCUCCCCAUCGGUCUCUUCAUCUACUCCUUCACCCAGUACGCCGAUCUCCCCUGGAUCGCUCCCGUCAUUGCCCUGGUCCUCAUCGCCAUCGGUAUCUUCUUCAUCUUCGAGUCCUGCUACAGCUUCACCUCCGAUUGCUACGGUGAGAGCUCGUCCUCGGCUAUCGCCGGUCAGGGUUUCAUGCGUAACACCCUGGGUGCCGUGUCCCCCUUGUCGCCUCCAGUCUUCACACGUCGCUCUCAGUAUGCCGGUCUGAUCCUGGCUCUGAUUGCCACUGCCUUGACGCUCAUCCCCUACGUGCUGUUCUGGUACGGACCCCAGCUCCGGGCUAGGAGUAAGCUCGCUAGUCUGGUUGUGCAUGGCGAUGGCGAGAAGAAGGGCCCAACGACUCUGCUGGUCAGGGUGUGUAAAUGUUCUUACGUCCCUCUCCCCUUGAUCUAUGGUCGGUCUGUCUGUCCCCGGUUCGGAUGGAUAGAUACUACUAUUGAUGUGUAUAUAUGA